AUGUCUGCGUUGAAAAACCUCGCCGCCUUGAAGAGGAAUAUUCACAAGAGACUCAGACAGGCGCUUGAGGAGCUCCAGGAGAACUUGGGCCAAGAAUGGGGCCAGAGGGCUCCUGCUAGAAUCCCCGUGGUGGUGCCCAGAUCCAAGGGCUUCCGCCGGAUGAACGUGAUUGGUCAGUUUCAGCAGAACAGAGGCUACCUGACGUUUUUUGGAACAAACCACCAGUUUGGCUGGAGCCUUUUUGACAAGUGGACCAUGGGCCGUGGCUUCCGGGCUCGGGCGUGCAAGGGCCAGUUCCGCUUCUUCUCGGGCUUCUGUCCGUUUAGCGGCCGCAAAGUGGGCACCGGUCUUGUUUCCCAGAACUUUGCUCAAAGAAGCUACUCCCUGAAGGCCUCUAAGCUUUACAAGAUCCCCUCCUUGACGCAGUUGGCACACAAGGAUUUCUGCCAGGCGUUCGAGGAGGAAGAGGACCAGCGCUGGAACAAGGGCAUCCAGAGUGCUGUGGCUGAGCUUUUCAAACGCAAGGAGCCAGCAGUGCAGCAGUCCGAGUACCUGACUGUAGACAUUUCCAGAGCCGUUCCUGCGGUGUUGAAGACAAGCAUCCAGGGCUCCCCACACUACCACGACUUGGUCAAGCGCUUGGGCAGCUGGGCCACCGAGGAGAUCGAGCCGGCUGUUUCUGGCGUCUACGUCGACUUUCGCUAUGCCCCCAGGCUCUCCGUCCCCGACAAGACCGUGUUGACCACCGACGUGGUGGACGAGAUGAUGGACAAUUUGGCCCGUUUUAGAGAGAAGCUCGCCGAAGUACAGCGUGACUUGGCUCGUUUGAGUGAGUUGGGCGAGUUGCCGGUAGAAGUCGUCCAGGACGAGGGCGUGAUCCGCGUGUUCUUCCCCAACUGCGACAGAGAGCGUCUCGAGACGCUUUUGGUGGAAAAGAACGUCGUUGGCGGCGUCAUCCACGAGGGAGCCUCUGCUGGCAGCAGCUCCGAGAGUGAUGCCGGGCUGGAGUUCUCGUAUGGAGAGUCGGUCCCUUCAGAAACCACCAGUUGGUUCCUCAGCGCCUCCGACAUGCCCCUGCCGCUGCUAUCGCUGGGCAGCACCGCCAGCUCUCAGGAUAUCUUGUCGCUGCAGCUGCUGCAAAGGAUAGUCCGUCUCGAGCCUGUGCCGCCGCUGUCGCUGGUGCACAUCGUGGAAGAACACGAGUGGGCCGUGUAA